AUGGCGCGCUCCUGCUCCCUGCUCAAGAACGAGCCGCACCGCCUCCUGUGCCUGGGCGCACACUACGACAUGGCGCUGAGGCUGCAGCAGAAGCUGGCCCCGCACUUCACCUACUGCGCGAUCCUGACCAAGGUCGAGCCCAAGAGGACGUACUCGCUGGACCACUUCGAGCUGCUGCUCGACGCCCUCUACCCGCCGCCCGAGGGCGUGAUCGUGGGCGGCGGCUUCAGCGACGAGGAGGGCGAGGAGCUGCGGCGGCGCGUCGAGGCGCGCCGGGACCGGGUCGAGGACGGCGAGCCCGUCAGGUUCGUCAAGGUGCCGGCGGGCACGCUGGAGAGGGCCGGGCCGGAGGGGCUGGUCGCCACCAUCAUGGGGUUGUUGGGCGAGGCGUUCAAUGUGGAAUGGUGAACCAGGCCUGCUCUCCCCCUUUCCUCUCUGCCCUGCCCUGCCCUGCCCUGCCCUGCCCUGUCCUACGCUUGCAAUUGAUUGGGUGGGUGCGGACGGACGGACGGCUGAGAGUCUCGGUAGGAAUGUUUACCACACCGGCGUGCCUGACACCAAGCUUUGAAAAGAGGGACAGAUGCUCCCUUUCUCUUCCGGACCGAGACGGGAAGUGAGUGGGAGAGGUAGCAUAGGC